AUGAAUAUGAUGGAAAUUGAUGAUAAACAAACACCACAGUAUCAACGCCAGAUCCUUCAACAGUCUGUCGAAGAAGCCAAAGCGAAGGGGACAUUAGUGAUGGACAUAGGCGAAUAUAGUUUAUCCAAAGUUGAGUUACUAUUGAAUGAUACCAACGAUGACACUUUAGAGUCCCUCUUAAUGAAAGGGAUUGAUCUUUCCGUAUUAGGCAUCGACUUAACUUCACCCACACGGAUCUGUUCUUCAUUCACAACACCCUUCCCAACUUUGAAGAAUUCAAUACCCAAUUACUAUUUCGUCGACUCAAAGGAAUUGACUAACCCAGAAGACCGCGCCAAUUCUUUCAAAAACGAGUUGAUUCUUUUUUACAUGUUUUACGUGAUGGUUGGCGAGGAAGCUCAGUUCAAAGCCGCAAAGACUCUGAUGGACAAGAAGUGGAGGUUCUCCAACAAGUUUGGAAAAUGGGUCACUCAAGCUCAAUCCGGUUGGAUGGAAUUCGACGUCUCUAAAUGGUCUGUGCAGCCAGCUCUUUCGUUCAACCCAGCACAGGCUGACUUCAUGUCCUUGUGA